CUACUCCUCUGUAUCUCACUACGCGUGGACGGAAGCCCUGAUUGAACCAUAAGAUGUUCCGUUUCCUCGCUUUGUCCCAAAAUCUAAUUAAAUCAAUAUAAUGUGGUCAUGACCAAUUCUGAGACCAUUCGGCGGCAAUAUACAGCUAUGAAUUUUGAGGGCUUUUCAAGGAAACGGCGCCGCGAAUAACUACACAAGUUUUUAUAUAUAUAUCAAACGAUACGAUUAUGAUAGGGGUUCCGGUCCGCAGAUCGUCGAUGGCAACGCAGCAGGCUGAUCGCCUCGGAGCAAUCAGUCAUGGGAUGGGCGGUGGCGGUUUACCAGGAUUCGAGCGCGUCGAUGAGGUUCCUGCUCAGCGGUCCAUGGCAGAUUCAAGCUUCACGGCGCAGUCAACGCUCAAACGCAACGCCGCCGGAAGCACCUACUGCGGUGGGAUUUUGGCAGAUGAUAUGGGUUUCGGUAUCAACCAGCGCAUCGAAUCCCGCCUCACCUCGGUAACAGGACUUGACCGGUGA